AAAAAGAGGCAAAAUUUUCGUAUAGCAUUAAAUCAACACAGGACAAGUUCAGUGAAAAAAUGGAAGCACUACAAAACAAAACAGUGGAAAGUGUUGACCGAAAACUGAAAGAAAUUGAUGAAAAAGAGGCAAAAAGUUCGUACACCAUUAAAACAUCAAAGGAGAAGUUAAGUGAGAAAAUCGAAGCACUACAAAACAAAACGACAGAGGUUAUUGACACAAAAUUAAAGGAACUGCAAAUUCUAAAAGAUCAGAUUGUGACACCAACCGUGGCAUUCAAGGCAAGGAUAAAGGAUGACACUGCCGCUCCUAAAGGUCAAGUUAUAGUGUUUCCUGUAGUACUCUUCAAUGAAGGAGAUGCCUACAGUAGUGAGACAGGGAAAUUCACGGCCACAACAAACGGAACCUAUCUUUUUACUAUAGCAUUUUGUGUGCAGGCAAAGAAAUGGUUGAACGUGGAUGUAUUGGUUGAUGCUGUAGCUCACACUAAGACAACCUUUUAUGGUGACUCAAAUAACAGCUGUGCUACCGCUGACACUAUAGUUGUAUUAAAAGCCGGACAAAGCGUGUGGGUUCAACCAUCAGGUAGUAACUCUGGUAAUAUAAUAGACCAUGAUUCUAUCAGAUGGAACACAUUUUCUGGAGUUUUGCUUCAUAAAUAAACACAUUAUUUCGUGCACAGGAUUUCAACCAAGUUGCAAUAUAACUAUUAAUUAUCAUCAAAAAUGUUGAUGAAACAAAAGAAAAAUGAUUUUGUGGAUAACUAUUAAACCUUUUUCAUUCAUGAACUAGACAUUUGAUAUUACUUACUUGGUAUAGUUAUGUAAACACAAUGUCACAAUAUCUCAAUUCUUAGUUAUCUCACUCCAAAUGUUAAAUAUAGCAUCAGAUUUAUUAGCAUCAUUGUAUACAUGUAUUUGGACGAGUAACCAUGCAGCCGGAUAGAUAAGAACUCACAACGGUUCGUAGCCAGAGCUUAAAUGACAAUAGUAUAUAAAACUUGGCUUUUAGCAACAUGUGAAAUUUUGCAUGAAAAGUAUCGAUGUGCAAACAAAAUCAAAUUCUCUUGAUUGAAUAUAUGUUUACGAACGCAUGUAUCUUAUCACUGUGGGUAAUGUGUCCUCGCCGAUAUCGGGAUAAUGCCAGCAUUCAUAAAUUUGAAUGCAAGGCGCUACCUAUAAAUAGGGCAGAUUUGCCUCCAUCCUUUCCCUUUUUACUUAAAGUUUUAUAUUCGUGUAAACGUGUAUUUUAAAGUUAAAAUACAAACGUUGUUGUAGUAAACCGUUGUUAUAGUACAAUGUUGUUAAGAUAAGGUAGUCACAGCAUGCCCAAAAUUUCUCAUUUAUGCAAGUUCUAGAGAUAAAUGUCAUAUUUAGUAUGUAAUAGUUUGUUUUAUAUGUAGUUUUUUUUAUAAAAGAUAAUGGUCAUACUUAGUAUAUAAUUAUUUGUUUCAAAUGUCCUUUUUUAAGAUAACGGUCAAAUUUAGUAAAUAACAUUUUGUUUGAUAUGCAUGUUUUUUUAUCAAAGAUAAUGGUCGUAUUUAGUAUUUAACAGUUUGUUUUAUAUGACUUUGGAUUGUACGUUUUUAUGAAAGAUAAAUGGCAUAUUUAGUAUGUAGUAGUUUGGUUUAAAAUGGAUAUUAUUUUAUGAAAGAUAAAGGUCAUAUUUUAUGAUACUUUUUUCCUUCUUAACCCUUUACCGCAUGAGCAUAUUGUGAUAAAUAGCCGUUUUCAUUGAAAAGCCUCUUGUUACAAGUUCAAACUGCUAUAAAACUAUGAAAAAUGCUUCAAUACUGAAGAAACUUGGCACAAAUGUUGUCUGGACCAUAGCCUCUGUAACAGCAUACUCAAUUGUAAAUUUCCUCUUACCAUUGCAACGGGGGACAUAUCAAAAUGGCCAAAAACACUAUUUUGUAUUGUUUUUCUCCAUCAAAACUGUUUUCAAAGUGCUGCAACUUCUCAAUGGAUUGAGGUGUAGUAAAAGGCGCUUCAGCAUUGGUUACACGUUACCUUACAAUCGACAUGUCAAAUGUCAAAAUUUUCUUAGCGAUGAGGGGGGGGGGGGCGGCAACCCCCGAAACAGAAGGGGGCACACGCCCCUUCUGACAACCCCCUGAGGUACCUUUUUGAUAAAGAGGUCGCCGAAAAGUCAUCACUUUUUUAAACAACAUUUCCCAAACAAAAAAAGUAUUUUAGGCAUUAAUAGGGUAAUUUUUCACUGUUUGAGGCCUUAAAAAGGGAGGAGGGUUGAAAAGCCUUCAAAACACGUCUGUAUCAGGUAGAGGGUUAAAUUAGACUAACGUUUCAUUAAAUAAUCACUUCUGAUAACUGUACGAUUUAUAAUGUAAAAAUGGUAUUUUGUUAUUUGCUUUUCAUUUUUCUAUGUUUUUAUUCACACUGUACUUUGGAUUUGUAAAGGCUAUAUUCAUUGUUUUAACAUGUUUAAUGCUGAAUAAAACUUUUUAUUCUUAUUCGUAUAUUUAGUUUCAAAUGUAUGUUGUUUCCAAAAAUAAAAGGUCAUAUUUAGUAUAUAAUAGUUUGUUGUCGUAUGUGCGUUUAUA